UAACCCCAUUUUUCAGAAUUCAGAAUGGGUAAGAGUAAGAAGCGGUAUAAUUGGAAAGCCCGGGAGCAGCCUGGGGGAUCGCUGGAGACCGGGGAGAUCUCUGCUUUGCAGAAAAAGAUUGAUAUUUCUGGAAUCAAGGAUAAAGAUCAGUUUCAAGGAUCUAACGUUCUCGCGCUCCCAGCUCAGAAACCGCAGUAUAAGAAAGAGAAAGAAAUUCAACCUGUUGGAAGAAUAUUGUCCAAGAAACAACGAACGCGUUUAGAGAAGAUUGUCGAUAUUAAACAGAAAAAGGCUGGGCGUGGCGAACUACUGGAGGCCCUGGCCAAGGUACAGGUUGACUCCGCCCUCCUCUCCAGCCUAGAGUCCUUGAGCUCCGCCCAGACGAAGGGCGUGAAGCGACAGCUAGUUGAAGAAGAACAAACCAUUAAGAUUAUGCAAACACAAGACAAACCCUUGCACGAGAUACAGGAUGAAAUGAAGAAGAAGAGAAAAAGGAGAAAAAUGGACCCGGAGAUGAAACCUGCCCCAACCGGAGACAACGUUCUUGGGUUCGAUACUCCCAGUGAGUCGGAGAGUGAGUCCUCUGACGACGGUAUGGAUGAUACAGAAAAAAGUCCAGAAAUAUCUUCUCCGGUAGAAUCAAAGUCAGCAAAUAUAGAAGAAAAUGAUGUUAAAGAAACGUCGAAAAUAAAAGAAAGUGUUGAAAAAAAAAUUAUAGAAAAAUCGCCAGAUUCAGAUUCAGAAAGUAAUAAGGUUGUUCCUAGUAGUUAUAAACCAGUUAGCUCCGUUGUUUUUGUUCCUGUGAACCGUACUCAAGCUAUUAUUGAUUCAAGGAAUAAACUUCCCAUAAUUGGAGAGGAACAGCAGAUUAUGGAAUGCAUUAAUAAUAACCAGGUGGUUGUGUUAUCUGGAGAGACGGGAUCCGGUAAAACAACUCAGGUCCCACAGUUUCUUUACGAAGCAGGCUAUGCUGCUGACGGUAAACUGAUUGGUAUAACAGAACCUAGAAGAGUUGCAGCAACAGCUAUGUCUACCAGGGUUGCUUUAGAAUUAGGAUUAACUGGUUCCGAGGUAUCGUAUCAGAUCAGGUUCCAGGGGAACGUGUCCCCCCAGACUAAGAUCAAGUUUAUGACGGACGGAGUCCUCCUCCGGGAGAUUGAGAAGGACUUUCUUCUCUCGAAAUAUUCUGUAAUUAUCCUUGACGAAGCUCAUGAACGCUCCGUGUUCACUGAUAUUCUCAUUGGUCUUCUUUCCAGAAUUGUGCCGCUUCGACACAAGAAAAAUAGUCCACUUAAACUUAUAAUUAUGUCUGCCACACUGAGAGUCGAGGAUUUUACCAAAAACUCACGCCUUUUCAGGAGCAUCCCGCCUGUAAUUAGCGUGGAGUCCCGUCAGUUUCCGGUAACUGUACACUUUAACAAGAAAACGCCGGAGGAUUAUCUAGCGGAGGCUUAUCGAAAGGUUUGUAAAAUACAUCGAGAGCUUCCGGAGGGUGGUAUUCUCGUCUUUCUCACCGGACAAUCGGAGGUUAACGUUCUGGUUCGGAAACUUAGACAAACCUUCCCGGGAACUUACUCCGACGAAGAGGUGAAGAAUGCGCCAAUUCAUGAGAAAAAAUCUAAAAAGAAGAAGAAGAAGGUGGAGGAGAAGAAAAUGGAGGAUUUGCCCGAACUUGAUCUAGAUAAUUAUCAGAUUCAACCUCCUGAGGACCUGGAGUGUGAGGGAGAUCUGAGCGAGGACGAAGACCUGGAUGAAGAGGACGUAGAACUUCUCUCCGGGGAAGAUUCUCAGCCUCUCCACGUCCUACCCCUGUACUCCCUACUAUCCCAGGAGAACCAGAAUCGUAUAUUUGCUCCGCCACCGGCAGGAAGUCGGCUAUGUGUAGUUUCUACAAAUAUUGCUGAAACGUCUUUAACUAUCCCUGGAGUUAAAUAUGUCGUGGAUACAGGGAAAGUAAAAACUAAGUUCUACGACAAGGUUACCGGAGUUACGACCUUUGUUGUUACCUGGACAAGUCAGGCCGCGGCAAACCAGCGCGCUGGUCGAGCAGGAAGACAAGGGGCCGGUCAUGCAUACAGAUUGUACAGUAGUGCAGUGUUCAAUAAUGAUAUGAAAGAUUUCUCUGAACCAGAAAUCCAGCAGAAACCGGCGGACGGACUUCUACUCCAGAUGAAAGCGAUGAACAUCGACAAAGUCGUGAACUUUCCCUUCCCUUCUCCACCCGACAAGGUUCAACUACGCGGAGCAGAAGAACGGUUACAACUGCUCCGACUCCUGAGUUGCCCCGCCCCCGGGCUACCCCUGCGUGAGGUUGAGAAGAUUAAGUUUACAAGUACAGUUACUCCGCUGGGUAAAGCAGUUGCUAGUUUUCCUGUAUCUCCAAGGUUUGGUAAAAUGCUAGCUCUCUCUCAUCAACACAACCUUCUCCCCCUCUCCAUAGCACUCGUCUCCCUACUUUCAGUUCAGGAAGUGUUGGUGGAGAAGGGGGUUGGUUCAGGGGGUCAGGAGAAGGCCCCUAAACAACUCAUGGAGAUAAGGAGGGAUUGGGUGGGUCAAGGAAACACCCUUAGCCUGGGAGAUCCAAUGGUUCUUCUCUACGCUCUCUGUAUCGCAGAGAGGUCCGGAGAUACUGAAGAGUUCUGUAAAAGUGUCGGGUUGAGACCUAAAGCUCUUCACGAGAUUAGAAGAUUAAGGAAACAGCUCUGUUCAGAGGUAGAGGUUGUACUUCCAGGGGUUGGACAGAUCCUUCAGCCUGGUCUUAAACCUCCAUCACAAGACGAGGCCAGACUCCUUCAACAGCUUCUCCUAGCAGGUUGUGGUGACCAGGUAGGGAGAAAGAUAAAGGAAGGAGAGGAAGGAUUUAUCAAGGGAGGAUACAAAAUAGGAGCCAUGGAGCAACCAGCCUUCAUCCACUCUUCAUCCGUCCUCAAGAAGAAGUCUCCGGAUUGGAUCGUUUACCAGGAGGUUUUCGAGACGGAUAAAGUGUAUCUACGGUGUGUGACGGAGAUCCAACCUGAGUGGUUAGCUAAAUAUAUUCCAGGUUUAUGCAACCUAGGAGCUCCUAUAGAGGAUCCUGAACCUAGAUAUUGUUCUAGUUCAGGAACUAUCAGAGCUUCAUUUAGAGGAACCUUUGGACCCGGUUCCUUCCCCCUACCUAGAGUAGAACUAGAACUCCAGUCUGGGAUUCAGAAAUACAAAUUUUUGGCUAAAUUUCUUCUGGAGGGAAAGAUUGCUCCGUCCCUGGAGAAGUACGUGUCCAACCUUCUCUCCAACCCUGUGAUCAUGACAAAGUCCUGGUCCAACCUUCAGCCCAGAACAGAGAUCAUCCUCAAGGCGCUUAACUCAGCUAAAGUAGAAUCGGCCAAAGAUCUGAAGAAGGUUUGGGAAUCAAAUAAAUCCUUUCUACUUCCGGCCUAUUUAUCCUGGCUUCCGGAAGUAUUACACGAGGAGAUUAAAUCAAUAUGGCCGCCAAGUUUACCAUAAUUUUUUUUUCUAAAUUUUCAGA